AUGACAAAAGCGCUUAGCAGGUGGAAGCAGGCCGCCCCGGGGUCCACCGAAAACCGUCGGGAAAGCUGCCCGCGCGCCACUUACAAAAGCAAUCACAAAAGGGAAAGUUUCUCCCCUCCCCCGUUCGGUGCGACAGCCGGAGGAAUGCUCCUGAUCCUGCGCGCGCCGGGGUCGCGGGCGUUUGUAAAGGCAUGCGAGCAUCUGCCGCCUCCCUCUCUCAUUAUCGUUCUCCCUACUGAAAGUUCUACUGUAAGCCCUACUGUAAGUCCUACUGUAAGUCCUACUGAAAGCCCUACUAUAAGCCCUACUGUACGUCCUAAUGUAAGCCCUACUGUAAGUCCUACUGUAAGUCCUACUGUAAGUCCUACUGAAAGCCCUACUGUAAGUCCUAAUGUAAGCCCUACUGUACGUCCUAAUGUAAGUCCUAAUGUAAGCCCAACUGUACGUCCUAAUGUAAGCCCUACUGAAAGCCCUACUGAAAGCCCUACUGAAUGCCCUACUGUAAGUCCUACUGUAAGCCCUACUGUACGUCCUACUGUAAGCCCUACUGAAAGCCCUACUGCAAGCCCUACUGUAAGCCCUACUAUAAGUUCUACUGAAAUCCCUACUGUAAGCCCUACUGUAAGUUCUACUGUAAGCCCUACUAUAAGUUCUACUGAAAGCCCUACUGUAAGCCCUACUGUAAGCACUACUGUAAGCCCUGCUGUGAAUCCUACUGUAAGUCCUACUGUAAGUUCUACUGUAAGCCCUACUGUAAGCCCUACUAUAAGUUCUACUGAAAGCCCUACUGUAAGCCCUACUAUAAGUUCUACUGAAGGCACUACUGUAAGCCCUACUGUAAGCACUACUGUAAGCCCUGCUGUGAAUCCUACUGUAAGUCCUACUGUAAGUUCUACUGUAAGCCCUACUGUAAGCCCUACUAUAAGCCCUACUGAAAGCCCUACUGAAAGCCCUACUGUAAGUCCUACUGUAAGUCCUACUGUAAGUCCUGCUGUACGUUUUACUGUAAGCCCUACUGUAUGUUCUACUGUAAGUCCUACUGUAAGCCCUACUGUAAGUCCUGCUGUAAGUCCUACUGUAAGCCCUACUGUAAGUUCUACUGUAAGCCCUACUGUAAGUUCUACUGUAAGUCCUACUGUAAGCCCUACUGUAAGUCCUGCUGUAAGUUUUACUGUAAGCCCUACUGUAAGUCCUGCUGCAAGUCCUACUGUAAGCCCUACUGUAAGUUCUACUGUAAGCCCUACUAUAAGUUCUACUGAAAGCCCUACUGUAAGCCCUACUGUAAGCACUACUGUAAGCCCUGCUGUGAAUCCUACUGUAAGCCCUACUGUAAGUCCUACUGUAAGCCCUGCUGUGAAUCCUAUUGUAAGCCCUACUGUAAGUCCUACUGUAAGCCCUACUAUAAGUUCUACUGAAAGCCCUACUGUAAGCCCUACUGUAAGCAUUACUGUAAGCCCUGCUGUGAAUCCUACUAGGAGAGGAGAAAUAAGAGGGAUAAGAGAUCCAGGCCAGGAGCCAGGGUCAGGGGGAGUCCAGCAGGAGGAAGCCCAGCAGGACAGCUCUCAGAGCAAGGAGGGUCAGGGAGGGUCAGGGUUUGUCUAG